UAUAAAUAGAAAACCCUGCGAGGGUUUUAUGCGUAUUACAGUGAGACGUUAAAUUUACCGUUCUCCGCCUCUAUCGCCGGCAAAACCUAGCGUUGCUCCGCUUCUCUCAUCGGUUUUUGUGGUUAUUGAGGUGAAGUAACCAUGGGGAAGAAGGGAGGGAAGUUCAAGAAGAAGGAAAAUACUGGGUUGGUUAAGAAUAAGUCGUCCAAAAUUCUUCUUGAUGAUGAAGACAUGAUGAACGACGAAAUUGAUGCAUUUCACAAAAAUAGAGAUGUUGUGCCACUGAACUUAAACGAGGAUAUGGGAGAUUCUGAUGAAGAUAAUGAGCACCCUGUACUUGAUUUUGAGGAUGAUGAGGAUGAGGAUGAAGAAGUUGAAGACGAGGACGUUGAUGAUGAUAAACCACAAAAGGGUCUGGCUGCCAAAAUUAUAAGGACACAAAAGUACUUGCAGUCAAAGUUUGGUGGUAUAGAGGAUGAAACACUUGAUGACUCCGAAGAAGAAGAAGAAAAAAUGGAUAUUUGGGGUAAAAAGAAUCCGUAUGGUAAUGAUGUUGACAAUAAGACACCAUCAAGUGACGAUGAGGAUGCAGCAGAAGAAGAGGCGGAGGUGUUAAGAUUGCAAAGUGAAAAAGCAAAACUUCUUUCAAUGGAGGAUUUUGGUCUUGAAGAUGCUAGCGAAGAUGAGACUGGCAAGGAGCCCACAUCGGAGGAGAUUGCGAAAGGAAUCAACGAAGAAGAUGGAAUGACUUAUGAGAUAGUAAAGAAAGAUAUAAAUGCUCUAACAAAGGAAGAGCAAAUGAAUCUUAUCUACAGCUCCGCUCCGGAAUUAGUUGGCCUUCUGUCAGAGCUGAAAGAAGCCCAUAAGGAACUAGAGGACAAAGUUAGCCCACUUGUAAACAAGAUUAGUGCACAGGAGAGUUCAAAAAAGGGUGGGCUGCAUUAUUUUGAGGUAAAGCAGCUUGUGUUGCAAUCCUAUUGCCAGGCUAUAGUCUUCUACCUUCUUCUCAAGUCCGAAGGGCAGCCAGUUCGUGAUCAUCCAGUUAUUUCUCGUCUAGUGGAGAUCAAGAGUUUACUGGAUAAGAUAAAAGAAAUCGACGACAACCUUCCUUUUGAUUUGGAGGACCUUGUGAACACGAAUGUGAAUAACACGACUAUCAGGAAGUUAGUUGAAGAGGCUGCUGUAUUGGAAUCUGAUUCGUUAACCAAUAGCCAGAUAGUUUCUGCAGUGUCAUCUGAAAAUCAGGCAAUGCUUGAGUCUCAAAAAGCUGCUGAGUUGAAUACAUUGAGUAGUCAAAAGAAAAACAAGUCACAGCAGAAGCAUCAGGAUCAACAAGUCGGAAUACAGAGCAUGGAAAUGUUAAAAUUAAGGGCUUCCCUUGAGGAGAAAUUGAAGCAGAAAGGUCUUUUUAAUUCUAUUACACCGAAGAAUGGGAGGACUGGAGAACAACUGCAACCAAUGAAUAGACAACUUGAGACAUUGGAUGAUUUUGUUGAUGAAGCCAUGGAAAUAGACGGGGCAGCAAAUGGCAGAUCAAGCAAAAUUUCCCAACAACUGGCUCUUCGUCCGAAUAAACGCAAGGUUAUUUCUGGUGAUGACGAUUUACCGAGACGGGAUGAUAUUGGAGAAAGGCGAAGAAAGCAUGAGCUACGAGUCCUGGCGGGAGCUGGAAUUAAAUCUAGUGAUUACUUGGAAGAAGAGACUGGCAACAUUUCAAGUGAUGGAAUUGACCAUGUUGGUGGAGAAAGUGAGCAUGAUUCCGAUUUGGAAUAUUACAAUGAAGUUGAACGAAAACACUCUGCAAAGCUAGCUGCAAAAUCUGACAAGUAUAACAGAACCACAGAGGUUUUAUCUGUGCCAGAGGAUACAGUUGACGGAAAGCGCUACAUCACACGUCAGAUUGAAAAGAAUAGGGGGUUAACUCGUGCACGUAAGAAGCUGAUCAAGAACCCGAGGAAGAAGUACAAGUUGCAACACCAGAAGGCAAAAGUACGAAGAAAAGGGCAGGUUCGUGAAAUUAGGAAGCCCACAGGCCCGUAUGGAGGUGAAGCAUCUGGUAUUAAUGCCGGAAUCAGCCGUAGCGUCAGAUUCAAAAAUUAGUUCUUUAAUUUAUGGGGUGAUGAUAUAUGUGGUGCACUUUGUUCAGCUCACUGAUACACACACACACACCUUACAGUUGAAUUGUAUUGAGUUUUAUAUUUUCAGUUUUUGCUUCUGUUUCUCUUUUAAAUUAGUUUUUAUUUAAUUAUUUUGAAGUUGUAAUUGUAAAAUUACCAGCGCAACAGUCUUUUUUGAGCUAUAUUGGACAUUUGUGUUCCUAUUGUUUUA